AUGAACACCCAGGGCCAGCCUGCGCCGCAGGGCCAGCCCCAGCCCAACGCGCAGCAAGGCGCCGCUGGACAUCCUGCUGCCGCGAACAACCAGCGCUCAACAAUGUACCGACCGGAGAUGAUGCGCAACCUGCCCGUCCUCAAUGACGAAGAGAAGCUCAAAUAUGAACGUGGUCUGAGGUCAUUGUGGAACACGAUGGAAUCACACGGAGAGGAAACAUCAGACCACCAGGACGCAAAGAAGAAGAUCCAGGACUUCACCAAGAUGCUCAUGGGAAAGCUCCAGGCCCGCAGGCUUCAACAGAUGCAGCAAGCCCAGAAGCAGCAAGCCCAGCAGCAAGGUCAGGCUGGACAACAGACCCAGCGCAGCACGCAACCGGCAGCAAGCGCAUCGCCCGCACCACCUGCUCCCGCAGAGACGCCAGCCACGCAAAACACGGCAGCAGUAGCUCCUGAUGCCCCUGAUGCGCCAAAGGCGAACCCGGCAGCCUCUCUUCCGGCGAAUGCCAGUCCAGCACCGGCCGCAAACGCGGCCGCUUCAGCUCCUCCCCAGGCUCCUCCUCAGCAGGCUCAGCAACCUCAGCAGCAAGUUCAGCAGCAGCAACCUCAAAAGCAGGCUCCUCAGCAGCAGCAGCAGCAGCCUCAACAGCAGCAGCAGCAACAGUCGCAGCCACCCAAUGUUCCAGAGCAUAUUUUGAACCAUAUUCGGUCAAUGACCUUCAACCCUCCGCCACAGAUUGUUGAAAAGGGCCCAGAGAUGGCCGCGAAGUGGAGCGCUGACAUAAAGCAGCGCUACGUGCGUUCGUUGAUGCAGAUGGAGCAUAUGGGAAACACCCUGCGAAAGCUGAAUGCUGCCGUCAAGGAUAGGCAGGACAAGGGGAAUCCUUUGGGUCCAGAGGAACAGAAACAGAUUCAAAUUCGCAAAGACCACAGCCAGAAAGUCUUCCAAGAGGCCCAGAUGUUUGUUCAAAACUUCAGGAAGACGCAGGAGAUCAGCAAAGCCAACCCCAAUGCACAAAACGCAGCUGCAGCGGCUCGUCCUGCGCAGCAGAACAAUCCCAAUGCACCUGGGGCUGCAAAUGUUGCACAGGCUGUCCCUCAAGCAAGCACCCCUCAGCCUGUGUCAGGCACACAGCAGAUUGCACAGCCAGCAGCGGCCCCAGCAGUUGUCGAGGCAGCAAAGAUGCAGCAGAUGAAUGCCGCGGGCCGUGCCUCACCAGUUGCCAACGGGGUGACGACACGACAACAACAAUCUCAACUGCCCCAGCAGCCUCAGGGCCAGCAGGCACUUGCCGCAAACUCACAACCUGCACCUCAAGCCCAGCCCGCUACGACUGCCCCGCCGCCGCAGCAGAACCAACACAUUCAACCACCUCCGGUCAACACCGCUGUUGCUUCCGUUGCUGGCACUGCUGGCCAACCACAGUCUGCAGGCACACCCACGCAAGCCGCGGCGCGCAUUCAGACACCUCAGACGGGAGCGGCUGGAGUGAGCACUCAGGCACUUAGUCACUCUGCUGCCGUUUCUCGCGCGAACCAGAGAGUCAACUCUCAACCUGUCGCGGCCACGCCCGUCCAACCUAGUGCAGGCACACCUUCAUCGGCAGGACCCAUUAGUCAAGGUGUUAUGGGCUCUGGCGCCAUUGGUAACUCUCAGCAAGGACAUCCUCAGCCUCACCCUGGUCAACCCACACAGCAGACGCAAACGCUGCAAUCAAAGCUUCCCAUACCCAAGCAACUGCCCGAAAAAGCGACCCAGGUCCCGCAGCCGGUCAACAUGGUCAACAACGCCGGUGCCGGCCGUCCCACAUACACCGGCGGCACUGGCAUCGCCGGUGGUGUCAUGGGACACCCUGCCCUCGGAAAGAUUCCAGCCUUCUCGCACGAGGCCGAGGGAGAUCGCGUUCUCAGCAAGAAGAAACUUGACGAGCUCGUCCGCCAGGUCUGUGGCGGGACAGCCGAGGGCCAGGAGGGCAAUCUCCUCAGUCCUGAGGUGGAGGAGAACGUCUUGACCUUGGCAGACAGCUUCGUGGAUAACGUCUUGCACGCCGCCUGCCGGAACGCCAAGGAACGCGGCUCCAAGGUGCUCGAGAUCCGCGACAUUCAACUUGUUCUCGAGCGCAAGUACAACAUUCGGGUUCCCGGCUACUCUUCCGACGACCUGCGCACUGUUCGCAAGGUGCAGCCGGCGCCCGCCUGGAUCACCAAGAUGAGUGCGAUCCAGGCUGCCAAGGUUACUUCGGGCAAGGGCGAGUAG